AUGGCGGACAAUUCAGCAGCUGAAAAGGCAGCUCUUCACAGCGUCUGGCCAAAUGCGACACAGUUACUUUGCCACUUCCAUGUGGCUCAGGCAGAGUGGCGCUGGCUAACAUCUGCGAAGAAUGUCAGCCCAGGACAGCGGAGGCAGCUGAUGUCAACGUUUCAGAAGGUCAUGUAUGCUGACACCGCAGAAGGCUUGGAAAAAGCAAAGGAAGAGCUCCAAGCCCUGUCCCAUGACCCCUACAGAGCACGUGUGCAAGCAUUCCUGCAAAAUGAACAGCAGUGGGUGUUGCUCUUUCGAAGAAGCAUCAUCACACGAGGCCAUAACACCAACAACUUUGCUGAGGCCUGCAUUCGUGUCCUGAAGGACAUCAUACUCUGCAGGCUGAAGGCAUUCAACGUUGUGGCAAUGGUGGACUUCGUGUCUGUUCCCUGGGAGAAAUACUUCAAAGAGCGGCUGCUAAGGCACGCACACAACCGCGUUGCAGCAGACCACCUGGGGUAUGACAGGCUGCUGAGAACGAUGCCUGAAGGUGCUACCGUGCAUGUCACCUGCCUUGGUGAUGGCUCCUAUGCUGUUCCAAGUGCCACAACUCUUGGAAAGUCCUAUGAAGUCAACUCGGAGGUUGGGCUUUGCUCAUGCCCAGCUGGGAGCCAAGGUGCCUUUUGCAAGCACCAGGCACUGGUGCACAAGAUCCAUGGUGGCAUGUUUCCCAAUGCGCCUGUGCUCUCUUCUGAGGAUCGCAUGGAACUUGGAAGGAUAGCGUUGGGGGAUAACUGCCCACCCCUGAGCUUCUUCGCAGGAUUUAGGGACAUGGAACAGGUGAAAAAUGCAGGACAAUCACUCCAGCCUUCAAGUCUUCCGGAAAGCAACACAGUGAACAUGGACAGUGAAUGUUGUGCCACAAGUGGCGAUAGCAGUCAAGAGCCCUGCACUUCCGGAGCCGCUCAAGCUUCCACCAGGGUUGAGGGCUUAACCAUUCGUGACUUCAUAAAAGAGCUGGAGCGGGGAGAUGCGCUGGUAGGGCAGAAUGAAACCUACUCCAGGUGCUUGAGGAAGGCCGUUCUCUGCCUAAAAAAAGCCAGGACUGAAACUCACUUUGUGGGCGCUAUGAUGUCCAUCAGUGCCGCCCUUGGUAGUGCUACCAGGCGAAGUGGCUACAUAAAAGUGCAGCCGACAGUCAUUGCAAGGCGACGCAAGGGGCUCACAAGGGGGGCGAAGAGGGUUCCGGCUGGACGUCCACCAAAGAGGUCUGCCACUAAACAAGCUAAAAAACGUGUGCACAAACUUCAAGUCAGCGUACAGAGCAAUGUGCCCCAUGCUAAAUCUCAUGGAGAAGGCCACUAG